CGUGGACCUAGAGGCCUAUAUAAGGCAAUGUGAGGGUUACAUUUUCGCGGGAACAUUGGUAACGUGAUUUGAGUGGCGAGUCUUCACCGCUGAGAGUUCGUCGUGUGGUUUUGUUAAUCUCCUCGCGUCUUGGACUUCUCGUCUCCUCAUACGCGGUCUGUGUGUAGGGAGACCGCUGCGGUAACGCCUUUGCUGAGAGGCGGUGAGGCUGAAGAGAAAAGAGGUUGCGGGAAGAAGGGAAGAGACUACGAAGAUGAGCACCGGGCGCAGCAGAGUCAAUGCCGAGGUCGAGAACAGCUCCGUGGGUGUGGUUAAGAGUGGAGUUCCAAUGGGCGACGGUCUGGCUCCAAGGCCCAGGCGGACGCUGCAGGAGAUCCAGCCGUGUGUGCCCCCACAAGAUGCCACGAGGCGUCUGAUGCAGGCGGCGACGGUGAAGGCGGCGCCAAACGGGAAGACGACGCAGAGACGACAGACGGCGCUCGCUGGCUGCAGCAGUCGAGAUGCGUAUGCCCUCAUGGUUCAGGAGGAUCCGCCCCCGGAAUACUGGCAGCAGCUGGCGGAGCAGCGCAGACGGGCCUUGGCCCAGGCGCUGCAGGAGAACAAGCGGUUGCGGCUUGAGCUGGUGCAGCGCGACCAGGAGAUCGCGGAGCUACGACGCGAGAAUGAGGAUCUCUCGGAGGUGGCCGCCCACGUCGACUUCCUGGCGACAAUGAUCGAGAGGCUGACUGGGGAGCGUCCAUCAUUGGAAGAGGAGGCACAGGUAGAAGAGGGGGAGGGAGCGGCUGUCCAGCAGGACUAGCGAGUGCCGAUUUCAUCAAAUCUGCAACGUCUCAUGGUGUCUGAAACAAAACUCCCUGGGACUUGAGACCUCUCGGCCUACCAGUCGGAAGCUUUGAACUCUUUAGUCUGGGCACCUUGGCUGAAACAUUUGCAAGACACGUGCUGGUGACUGCUGCUAAUGGUUGCUCCAAUGCACCCAUGUGCAGCGUUAAGGAUCAGGUGAAGUGAGAUCCAGCGGUUCUCUUGUUGGCGUUGAUCCGGACUGCAUUGUUCGAGAAGUUCAGAUACAAGACCCUAUUGGCUUUAAGCGAUCGCGUUUAUCAGUGUCAUUUUAAAAAGGAGCCUUUUCCACGUCAAUUGUCAGGCGAAAUGAGUAUACUACUCUUUGCUUAACAUUUGUGUGCAUAUUAGCUAGUCUGUGUGGAGCCCGUGUAAUUGUAUGAUUCCACUCUGAAAAAUAUGUUCGAUGGCAUGGAAAAGCAUUUGCUUUUCCGCCAAAAUGUGUCCAUACAGUAUAACCUUUCGAUGUAGCCUACUGGGUUAUACUACCAAACAGUGACUGCCAGUGGUCCGUUCCAAUCUAAGGACACUCCUUCCAGUUUUUGCUAUCAUCAAUUUAUAAUAAAGUAUGCACUGGCAUUGACUAUGAAGGUUUGAAGUAACUUGUACUUGGAUGGACCAGGGGUGGUGGAUGUGAAUACUUGAGCCAUGUGAACUGAAGUGUAGUCGCUGCCAGUGUUUUGGUCAUCAUCCACUUGGGCGAUUUAAAGACAGUCGCACCAUUUAUCAACUGGCAAUUAAAUUAUUAAUCGCAUGACCUGAGGUUUGCAUUAUGGAACAAAUUGUUAGUGUAUCAUACCUUCCAAGCACACCGUUUCCAUUGGCAAGAUAACUCUGUCACUGCCCUUUGCAUUGUCAAGUUUCUGUUAAUCUUAAAUGCGUUGCCGAUUGCCAUAACACUGCCCAAGAGCAUCACCACUUUUUAAGAGUUUGCACAGACCUCACCGUUUGCCGCUCCAUUCUGCCAAGGAGAAGGCAUGAGUCUGGUGUUGCUUCAAGCUCCUAGUGGCUUCUUGUUUAACUGCUACAGCAGACGCAGUGCCUUUUUUUUCCCCACUGCAUGCAGGUGCGCAUUGCAUCUUAGUUUUGUGAUCCACUUUUUUUGAUGGUGACCAGUGGAGGGAUUUAUCUCCUAGUUGCAAUCUGUCAUGUUUUCUGCAGCGUGAAAUGACGGGUGUCUUAGAAAAUUAAGUAUUUUUUAUCUUUGCUUGUUGACGCGAUGGAAUGCUGUGUUACAUUAGCCAGUCUAUGGGUACAGACUGUUUUAUUCCUAAUUGUGAACACAUUUGUUUAAGCGCCUUCAGGAUAGUUUUUUUCAAAUUAAUGUUUUGCCAUCCCAAAAAGGUUGUGGAUCCUGAAGGGUGGAAUUUAUUUUGGUACACUCAGCCAUGUUCAUGGCAGCCAGUGACCCCCUCGUUUUAAAAAAGUUUCGUUUUACCCACUACGUUUUUGCGCCUUGCAAUUUCACCUUUAAUCUAAAUAAAAUGUAAGUAAAGCUGUUAUCUU